UUGAUUUCCGAAGAAGUAUCGUAAUACAAAUAACAAAAGUGUGGGGAUUUAGGAGUUCUCUUUCUGGUUUGUUGUUUGUUCACAAUCUCACAACAAGCCCUCUCUCCUCUCAAAUUCAUGGCCUCCCAAGCAAGCCUCCUCCUUCAAAAGCAGCUCAAAGAUCUUUGUAAACACCCCGUUGAUGGAUUUUCCGCUGGUUUGGUCGAUGAAACCAACAUUUUUGAAUGGAGUGUAACCAUAAUUGGACCACCCGAUACUCUUUAUGAGGGGGGAUUUUUCAAUGCCAUUAUGAGCUUUCCGUCAAACUACCCAAACAGUCCACCAUCGGUGAAAUUCACCUCAGAUAUAUGGCAUCCCAAUGUAUAUCCAGAUGGACGUGUUUGCAUAUCGAUUCUUCAUCCUCCUGGUGAUGAUCCAAAUGGUUAUGAGCUUGCAAGUGAGCGCUGGACACCUGUUCAUACAGUGGAGAGUAUAGUGUUGAGUAUCAUAUCAAUGCUUUCUAGCCCUAAUGAUGAAUCUCCGGCAAAUGUUGAAGCUGCGAAGGAGUGGAGAGAUAGGAGAGAUGAUUUCAAGAAAAAGGUUAGCCGUUGUGUGCGGAAGUCACAGGAAAUGUUGUGAUUCGCAGCCGGCUCCUCAUAUCUUGCUUUUGUGAAGUGAAAGACAUACAACUUAAUGUAAGGAUUGGUUCGCCUGCUACUGUUGAUCUGUGUAGACUGUGACUGGAAGUUGACAGCAUGCUUCUUUUCUUCGGUUGCGCGUUGUUGUUUCUUCUCUACAUGGUUCAUAUGUUGCAACUUUGAAAAAACAAACUGUAUUCUAAGUAUUUUGGCUAGUGUUUUGGGGACUAGUAUAUUGGAAAUUUAGUUUGUUCAUUUGCAUGACCUUUGUGAAAAUUUGAAAUUAGGCUCCAAAUUUUGCCUUUUUCUUAUAUAAUACAGUGAUAUGGAUGUGCAUUCUGAAUUUUCAAUUUGCCUAAUUUACAUGUAUAAUUGUUGCUUUCACCGGCGUGUUAAACAAGUUUAUCUUUUGUACGGGAUUGAAUCUUCUCAAA